UCGUUAAAAUCAAAUCGUCGGAAUUUUCGGACAAACAUGCAAAUUGUUUGUUAUUAAUACCUACCUUGAUCACCUGGUGGACCUUGAAGCGCUUUCAUUCAAGACGCACGAGUUUACCUGUAGGCGGCCUUAGUUGCGUGUAAGAUGUAUCGCUGUAUUUGUCUUCUUUACCUAAUAACACUAGGGGAGUGUUGCCCCAACAUCGAGCCUGUUCAGGAUUUCGAUAUCAGCGGGAUUUUGGGCCACUGGCAUACGAUCCAAAAGACGGGGGCGGUUUUCCCUUGUCUCACACUAAAUUUCACGAGAAGUUCGGCUAAUUCCGAGGAGUUUGAUGUAGUGGAGACCUCCCAAAGUACCGGACUGAUAAACACCUUGGGUUUGCAACACGAAAGUUACUUGAGGGGAAAACUUCGCGUCACCGAUUCCCCUGGGAUUUUCCAUCUUAGUCUCCCGAUCACCACGUGGAAGUUAACGGUGUUCGGCACCGAUUACGAUAACUACGUCGCGUUUUUGCUGUGCAAUAAAGGUAUUGUCACCACGUCCUUGGUUAUAAUUUCCUCAAGGACAACGAGCCUAAGUCCCAAACAACUGGAAUCGAUUUAUGCUAAACUGCUCAAGUACAACAUAAAUCCCUACGUGAUUAACACGGUGAGGCAGCACGGAUGUUCCCAGCACGGCGAGAGGGGAAUCGUGGUCAAAACCGCCUCCAACAUUUUCGGCGGCAUCGCGAACCUUUUCAAGUCCUCCAAGUCAUCUAAGAGCGAGAAGGAAGAAGAGGUGCAGUACGACAUAGACAUCAGGACGUCACUAAUGGAGUAAACCUGACCUUGUAAAAAUUUCGACUGAGUAAUAAAAUUACCCACCACACGUCA